AUGGCGAAAAGAAGCGCCGCCGCCGCCGCGCCAGAGUCCCGGAGCCGGCGCGGCGCCCACGCCGUCCGGCUCCUCCAGAGGACCCAUCACCGCUUCCUCCGCCUUCUCGGCGCCACUACACCCAAAACCGCCCGCCGCACGGCCAAGUCUGCCCGCAAGGUCGCGAGACCGAGGGAGCCCAAGAGCCUCAUCAGGGCGGCGGAUGAAAAUCAGGAGCAGGACGUCGAGGCACGGAGCCCCGAUGCCGCCGCCGUUUCCGCUUCCGAGGCGGCCGUGGCGGGCAAGUACUGGGCGCACCGGUACAGCCUCUUCAACCUCUAUGACCGCGGCGUGCGCAUGGACGCCGAGGGCUGGUACUCCGCCACCCCGGAGUCCAUCGCGGCGUCGCAGGCCGCCCGCGCCGCACCCGGCGACCUCGUCGUCGACGCCUUCGCCGGGUGCGGCGGCAACUCCAUCCAGUUCGCCGCCAGGUACGUGACGGGCACUACGCGGCGCGCCAUCCCGUCUCCCGUGGAGCUGGCGGCGCUCAACGCGAGGGUGUACGGCGUCGAGGACAGGAUCGAGUUCAUUGUCGGUGACUUCUUCCGCCUGGCGCCUUUCCUCAAGGCUGAUUUGGUGUUCCUUUCACCACCCUGGGGAGGGCCAUCAUACAUUCAAGCUCCAGUUUACACCCUUGAUAUGCUGAUGCCGAAAGACAGAGUGAAGAGAACUACGUGCACCGCAGAUUCAAAGGAAUCACUGCCUAUUUUGGAAGAUGAUGAGAUCACUGAGCCCAUUGUCAAAAUUGGGAUGAGCACAGAAGUUUUUCCAGGUUCAUGCUGA